CUUCAGUACACUCCUGGCUUCAUAUGGACGGCGACCACUCGCACCAAGCUCUUCGCCCUCCGCCCCUAUCCGCCGCUGGGAGUCGUGCGCCCCGCCAUGAACCUCCUCGCACUCAACGACGACGUCCUCACGAACAUCGUGUUCUUCCUCGGCUGCCGCGAUGCCCUCAGCCUCUCCGCGACCGCCAGACACAUCCACCCCAUCGCGAAGCGACGCGUGCACACCGCCGUCGAGCUCCAUUUUCCCAUGCAGACGCCGCGCUUCUCCGCGCACAUGCUCGCCGACGUGCACAAUCGCGCUCAGCGCCUGCAGUGUCUCAUGGUCACCUCCAAGGCACUCUCAGUGGACGGUGGCGCGUUCAGCGCAGACUCGUCCUCCGCCGAUGCGCUCGCGGACCUGCUCGAGCAGACGACGAACCUGCGGGCACUCAGCUUGGGGUGCGCGUCCGCGCUCAUGAAGCUGGACGAACGUAUAUGGCCCGCGAUCGCCAACUUACUCACUCUGGAGGACCUCACCCUCGACGACAUGACGACAGACUCUACGCGCUUGCUACCCUCCCUCAAGGGCCAACCGAGCAGGCUCCGUAUGCGCUUCGCACAUUACCCGAGCGUCGUACCAGAUAUAAAGCCGCUCCACAGCGUUUUGGACUUGGAGCUCGAAGGCAUCACGAUGCUGCACGACCCUGUGAAGCCUACCUGGCCUGUCUGGCCAAACGUACGCCGUCUUGGCAUGGACAACACCUCUGUCACGAUGUCCACUCUCCUUCACACUUUCCCCAAUGUCCGCAAAUUCGUCCUCGGGCGCGCUAGCAUCACGGAGCCGCAUUGGAAGCUGCUCGAAAACAAGGACGGCCAAAUGACGUGCUGGCCUGACCUGGACUACGUCUACGGACUGCCUUACUACUUCGGCGAUUUUGGGACCGGCGACUGGCCUGUGUGCUGCCCUGUACAAUGGCUGAAUUUGAUAGCAGCCAGCUGGGAAAAGCCGCAGCAUCGCCCGGCACUGUUGCGCGCGAUGAAGGUCCUGCCGCCUGCUGCGCUGAGCUUCCGCUUCCAGGACGUCGGAACGACCUCGUACUCGUUCUUCGUCGAUCUUGUGCAGACCGCGACGCGCAUGAGGAGUCUCGAGAUUGUGCUCGUCAUUUCAGCUAACGUAGGGGCGAGUGAUUUUCAGUGGCUGGAAGGACUAAUGCUCUCCCGCGUCGUGUGUCUCAAAAUAUCCUUGGACCGUUCGAGUUGGAAGUGUACGCAAACCAUUGAUCCCGAAAAGCUGGUUCGCACGAUUCCCUCAGUACAAUAUCUUUCGCUCCCACACUUUGGCGACGCGGACAGACUGGGGGAACACAGGUGGUGGAGAGCUGUCGGUAGGGCCAUGGAGCGGACCACACAACCUAUCCCGAACCGCAUUGGCGAUCGCGUGCUCGAUUACAUCCGUUCGCCUCAGUAUGACCCUAUCACGAACUUAGACGACCUUGCGCAAUGAAAUCCACCCUUCCAAGUGUAUUAUGACUUUCCCCCCGCCUCUCCACAUCCUGUGUUACCCCGCAUGCCAAACUCCCCAGACCUUUACCCAGACCACGCCCCAACAGCAACAAGUCCCGAUCGCAUCGAACUCAUUUACGCAUUUUAGCUUCUUGAUCGCCCAGGCUUCGCUCGCCACCCUCUUCCUGUCAGCCGGCGGCGGCCUCGGCCCGCCGCACAGCGGGCUCCUCGGACUCCGGAGGACGCGAGUACCUUCCGGACG